AUGCAAAUACCUGCUCGGCCGCCGUCGAACUCUAAGUGGCGUGCUUGCGGGGCACACGUUAUAAAGCAAGGCCUUUGCUCUUCCGUCAAGCCAUCCUCUGUAGGGCUUGAGACGUUCUACAACAUGAUCCCUUUGCUGCUCAUACUCGCGUCGCUCACCUGCGUAUUCUAUGCCUUCCGACCCAGGAAAGACUCGCUGCGACAGAAGUUACCACCUGGACCAACUGGUGUCCCAUUGCUGGGAAACCUAUUGCAAUUGCCUGCCUUACGACCGCAUCCGAAGUUUCUAGAAUGGGCCUCCCAAUACGGGGAGAUAUUCUACCUCAAGCUGGGCGGGCAAGACGUAGUGGUCCUGAACACGGCAGAAGCGGCCGACGAGCUGUUGUCGCGUCGUAGUCAUAACUAUUCUAGUCGUGCCACUCCGCAUGUCGCUCACGACGUCCUGCGCGGUGGGAUGGGUCUUGCAUUUUUAAAGUAUGACACUCCAUGGAAGGUGGCCAGGAAGGCGCUGCAAGGUGCCCUUGGGCCCGGGCCUUCGAAGAAUAUUCGCCCAAACCAGGAAUGCGAAUCCCGUGUUCUUCUCUACGACUUGAUUUGUCACGGGAACAAGAGUGUGUCACAAGGUGUCUCCGAGGGUCUACAUGGAGAAGUCUUGGAUAAUCACUGGUUUGCACCAGUGAGGCGGUAUGCGACGAGUGUUGCGCUGUAUGCGAUGUAUGGCAAGCGAGUCCCUCGCUUCCUGAAUAACCCUAAUCUUCACAAGAUAUACGACAUUGUCGACAACUUCUCGCAGAUGUCGCAGCCAGGGAACUAUCUGGCGGAUGUGUUCCCGCUGAUACGACGUCUCCCAGACUUCUUGGCGCCAUGGAGGGUGAAAGCUCACGGAUUGCAUCUAUGGGAAAUGGGCCUCUGGGGAGGACUUGUUGAUGACUGCAAGGCGGCACUACGAAGCGGAGAGAACCGGCGCGGGUUUGUCUCUUCGUACCUGAAUGCGCGUGCCGCCGCAGGUGAAGUCUCCGCAAAUGAACGCUGUGACGAAGAGGAUGUUCCCGGCAAAGGUCUGACGAAGGGCGGGUGGAUACAAGAUGACUUCCUCGCCUAUGGUGCCGGAUCUGCCCUAGAGGCGGGCUCCGAUACCACGGCCAAUACCAUAGUAACAUUCUUGCUCUACAUGCUCAGCCACCCGCAUGUGCUUCAGAAAGCGCGAGUGGAGAUCGACGGUGUGGUAGGGACGGAACGUAUGCCAGACUUCGACGACGAAGAACGACUACCAUAUCUUGUGGCUUGUAUAAAGGAGACUCUGAGGCAUCGGCCGGCCACUCCGCUGGCGAUCCCGCAUGCGACAGUAGAAGACGACGUCUACAAGGAUUAUCAUAUCCCGAAAGGAUGUACCGUGAUCGGGAAUGUGUGGGCCAUACAUCGGGACCCCGAACGUUUCUUCAAUCCAGCAGCGUUCAUCCCAGAGAGGUUCUAUCAAGAAGGCAAGCCCACACGGUUCAACAUCGGUCCAGUAUCGAACGAGCGCGAUAUCUAUGCGUUUGGAUGGGGCCGGCGGUUCUGUCAAGGCAGUCACAUCGCAGAGGCGUCGCUCUUCAUCACUCUCUCGCGCAUUCUCUGGGGCGUCGACUUCUACGCGCCGCUCGAUCCAUCGACUAAGCGGCCAAUCCUGCCUGACGUAGCGAACGAGGAGAAGACAUGGAGCGAGGGCUUCCUCAGUGUGCCACACGCUUUCAACAUCGGCUUUGCCCCACGAUCAGCCAAACACGCAGAGCUCAUCCGGAAGGCGUUCGACAAUGUCCAGUCCGACUGGCAGACCAUGGGGUUGGAAGGAGAUGACCGGUGAAAUCGAACGAUUACCGUGGUAGCUGUGUAUGCAUGUCGCAAUGGGUCGGCCUCGGCGUCCAGUACUCAUAGAUUCGCCGUGUGUUCUUAGAGUAUACAGUAUGCAGUAGUUUGGUCCUUGAUAGCCAUCAAGUUGAAUGGCACAUCUAGAUUGAAUGACAGACAGAAAGUUCCCCCUCGA